AUGGAUGGAUCCACAAUAAAAAUCCACCAACUAAAGAACCAUUCCACAUUAGCGGAAUUCAUCUUACUUGGCUUUUCUGAUGUUCCCAAUUUGCAAGUAUUUCUUUUUGGAAUGUUCUUGAUAAUAUAUUUAAUUAUUGUGAUGAGCAACAGCCUUAUCAUCAUAAUUACUAGGACUGAUCUUUCCUUGCAUACUCCCAUGUAUUUUUUCCUUGGAAAUUUUUCUUUCUUAGAAAUAUGUUAUGUGUCAGUCACUCUCCCCAGGUUAUUAACAAAUCUCUACACACAAGACAAUAGCAUUUCCUUUAUGGCUUGUGCUAUUCAAAUGUAUUUCUUUCUUGUUUUGGGGGUCACUGAGUGCUUUAUUCUGACUGUUAUGGCUUAUGACCGAUAUGUUGCCAUUUGCAACCCAUUGCUCUACCCUAUCAUCAUGAACAAUAGUAUCUGUAUACUACUGGCAGCUGGCUGCUGGAUAAGUGGGGUUCCUGUGCAUAUAGGGUUCACAUAUUGGAUCUUCUCUUUACCAUUUUGUGGAUCAAAUGAGUUGAAUCACUUUUUCUGUGACAUACCUCCAGUAGUGGCCCUAGCUUGUGGGGACACUUUUAAGAUAGAGAUACUGAUAUAUGUGAUUGCUCUUUUAGUGGUCACAAUUCCUUUUAUGUUGAUUCUUGGAUCUUAUGUGAAAAUCAUCUCAACCAUUCUGAAACUUCCAUCUGCAACGGGGAGAGCCAAGUCCUUCUCUACAUGUUCUUCCCACCUUAUAGUUGUAGCUUUAUUCUUUGGAUCAGGUAUCAUUACAUAUUUGAGGCCGAAGUCCAGCCAUUCUGCAAGAACAGACAAAUUCCUUUCUCUUUUUUAUACAGUUGUGACCCCAAUGUUUAAUCCCAUGAUAUACUGCUUGAGAAACAAAGAUGUUAUGAUAGCAUUGAAAAGGUUUCUUCUGAGACAUAAUGUAUUAUGA